AUGCGCGCACCGUCGUGCACGAGCUGCCUCUUUAACGGCUGCACCCAGCGCGCCUUGCCGGUUCUCGGCAAGUGUGAGUUUCAUCGCCAACGCGUCGUGUGCCACAUUGACGGCUGUAACAACAUUGUCUACGCGCGCCAGCUCUGCGUGCGCCACGGCGGCAAGCUGCAGUGUGCCCACGAUGACUGCAGUUCGAACGCCCGCAUCGACGGCUACUGCUCGCGACACGCGCUUCCUACCGCCAAGCGCACGUGCUCGGAGCCCCACUGCCGCAACCUCGCCCACUCGCGGUCCAAGUGCGUCCGACACGGCGGCGCGCGGCGUUGCCGAGAAGCGCAGUGCGCAAGCUUGGCACGCACGGGUGGCUUUUGCCGGCGCCACAAUCCGUCCAAAGUGUCGCUGCGCGCAAGUCCGAUCAAAGGCGAUGUGACGGCCAGCGGUGACGUGCAGGAGCUUGACAACAUGAUCCUGCAGUGCCUUCUGAUCGACUCACCGCGCAUUGAGCCGACGACGCCGCUGUAUGGUGCUUGUGAAAUGGAGGUGUACGAUUUUUAA